UGAGACUCUUCCAGACCGUCUCCAGCUUUGUGUCUGUCCAACAGUUGAUCUGUGCAAAACUAAACGGUUUCCCAUAGCUCUCCGUACAUUCAAUAAAAAAUGUUCCUUGGGAGCUGAAGCAUGGAGGCGGCUCUGAGCAGGUUGAGGGGGCUAAGUGCCGAUGAACUGUCCGAGGAGUUUGCCCGGGCAAACGUCAAGUGUGGACCCAUUACACCCACCACCCGUGCCACCUAUGAGAGGAAAUUAGCCCGUAUCCUGGCUGGACCAGAGAGCAGUACCACUGAAACAGACAGCAGCUCUUCAGCUGGUGCCUUGAACAUUGUGGUGGAUCAUGCCAAAUCUCUGUCAUGUGCCACCUCGGCUGUUGUGCCCACAACCUCUGGAGCAAGCAGCAGCUCCUCAAAGGCUGCCAAUGAAGAGUUGGACUUUGGCUACGGUGUGGGUCUCAACCCUCCAGAGGAAGAAGAAAUAUCAGAAAAUACAAACUCAAACAGCUCUGCUGAGGGCACUAACUUGCAGUCCAAAGUGGAAACUCCUUCAAAGCCAGCACAAGUGUCCCCAACCCUUUAUUAUGGAGUGUGUCCACUUUGGGAGGAUGUCUUGGCAAGAAAUGUUAAAGAGGGCUGCCGGUACAAUGUAAUGCACGUGGCAGCCAAAGAAAACCAGGCAGGGAUUGCUCAGCUGCUGCUGGACACCUUGGAAAACCCAGAGUUUAUGCGCCUCAUGUACCCAGAUGACCAGGAAGUCAUGCUGCAGAAACGAAUCCGCUACAUUGUAGACCUUUACCUCAACACUCCAGAUAAAGCUGGCUUUGAAACACCGCUCCACUUUGCCUGUAAGUUUGGGUGUCCAGAUGUGGUCAAUGUCCUGUGCUCGCAUCCUGACAUUGAUAAGAACCGUGAGAAUAAGGAUGGCCAGACGCCUAGGGAUCUUAUAUGCAGCAGAAAGAAUAAAGACCUAGCUCAUGAGAUGGGACACCCCUGGGCGGAAUAUUGGGACUUCCUGGAUAGUUUUGUGGAUCUGUCAUCUGGUGAGGGGCUCCGCAAGCUGGACGAUUACCUGAGCAAGAAGGAUUUCAGUUCACGGACUCAUGAGGGGGCCGGCGAGAAUGAAACCAGCAACAGGUUUAAAACCCCCUCCCCAGGCAAGCCCAAAAAGUUCUGCAACUCUAUUUCUGUUGGUGCCUUCCUGGACGAGGGUGACGAUAUCAGCCUUGAGGAGAUGAAGAACCGGCAGAACGCAGCACUCACCAGCAUCACCUCCUGUGCUGCAUCCAAGGACGUCCUGAAAGGAGCCGUGGGCGGCCGCGAGUUCCACAUCGCACUACGCCACCACGGGGCCGACCUGAUCGAGACUGCUGCCGAGCAGGACCUGCUGUGCUGCUGCAACGACGGCCUCCUGUCGCCCGGUGUAGUCUGUAAAAACGGGGUGUGCUCCUCCUCCAGAGAUAGGACUCACAAUGGAGACAAGGUGUCCCCACGCACCUCCCCAUCCUCUUCCUGCAUGCUGUCGCCUAUUUCCAAUCUCAUGGUGGAGUUUGAGCGCAUGUCUCUGCAGGAGCCACCAGACAGUCCCACCAGCUGCAGAGAGAGAAGGAGCAGCGGUGGGAACCGUCAUAGGGAGGCUCGGGACUAUAACUCCUCCUCAGCCACAGACCUGAGCUCUGGGCUGAACCUCCUGUCUCUCAGUCACAGCGGUCAAGAUGGUGAGACUGUGGAUGGGCCAGGCUGGAGAACAGAGGGAGUAGGUCAAGAAGAGAGGCACAGCAGCGGCAGCUCAGAGGAGUACUUUGAAGCAGAGGAGAGUCUGGAGAUGCUGGGUAGGACUAGGGGGUCAGUGUCAGGGUUGCGCAAUUUCUGCGCUAGGUCCAAGUCAUGGGACCACGGGGGCAGGGACUUAAGCAGCUCAGGAUCCUCUGGGUCCUCUUAUAAGUCCUUAGAGAACUCCCAUGAGUUCUUACCCAGGACCCCACCACAUGUCAGAAGAGGACUUUUUAUUGAUGGUGAUUCUCCAACCAAACUGGACAGAGCGGUCCUGUCAGCAAUAGAGGGCGCAGACAUCGAUCCUCAGAAGUAUCCGAGUAUUCAUAAGUGGAAGAGCACAGUGAAGUCAUACUCUGCCUCAGAUAUGCAGAGCUGGCCUAGCCCUGCAGUGGUAAAACCACGACUCAGGAUGCAGCAUCAGACUCCCGGCUCUCCUAUCAGCGGCCUGAUGUCCCCCACCGGCCGCUUCAGCCCCGCUCGGCACGCUGCCUCGCCGGACUUCAGCCCCAGCCGGUACAGCCCUGCCAACAUUAGCUACAUUCAGCGCCUCAAGCACUUGAACGAGCCGUCAGUUUAACUGCACCCACCUCCUGCGCUACAAUGCAGCCAUACCCUCUCCAAGCCCUGCCUUCUCUCACACACCCGAAUCCAGCUGUACAGAGCUGGCUACACCAGAGCUCAGAAACCACAAACCUAACAGAAAUAUGCACAAAGUGUUUGGAAGAUUUGUAUUAAUAAUGUAUGGUACGACUCCCAUGUAACACAGGAAUUCUCAUCACAGUUAGGUUGUGAUGUCAACUCCAGACUUUAAAAGGUAAAAAACAAAACAAACCUUGAUAAUUUAUGUACUGUAUGGGUGUGGACCAUGUUGAAUUGACGGUAACGUUAUUUGUGGCAAGUGUGAAGCACCUUUAUCAUAGCCUGACUCAACUUUUAUGAAUAUUGUGAACACAAGCCACACCCCCCAAAGUUAGCUGAUCACUAAAACUUUAGUGAGGGAUCCUAAAAAGGAUCGUCACUGAAGAUGUUCUUAAAAAAAAAUUAAAAUGUCAAUAUUUUAAAAAUUAUUUUUUGUAUGUUGGUCAGUAGCACAAAAUUUAAAUGUUUUUAUUAAUGGUGUUAAAACCGACUGCCAUUUCCUAUGUUCUUUUUCCCCCUCAGUUCAGGAAUUGCCUUAAUUUUCUGAAGUGAUGGACCAGCUCUCUGUCAGUUUGGACACAUUUCCUCUAGUUCAUACAUGAAAUGUAUGGAAAAUAAAGAAACUGAGAUCUUCCAUGUUUUUAUUUUGUCCUUCAAUAAAUUCAUACAAUUUCCAUCUUUUCUCAGUAGUUCCUGGACAUAUCUGGACUUUUUCUUUCUGUCGCAGUUGGCGGCCUUAGAGACUGUGCAAUUUUUUUUCUUUAUCUUUUUUCUGGAGUAUCUUUUAUGGGCAAACAUCUCCUACAAUGUAUGAAUGACAAAACACACCCAUCAGUAUAGUAUUAUUUCAGAUUUGGCUAGUGCCUAGUGUUGCGAUCACUUUAAAGCUGUGUGAAGUGAUUUGUAACCACUAGGGGGCGAGAAAGACUCAAAGUAACUUGAUAGGGUUUCUAUGGCCUGUUACGACUGUCUUGUUAAUGAAACUGCCUUAUGAUACAGAGAAUACAGAUUAGUUGAGAGCUGCUUAAAAUAUGAAGUUGAUUAGCAGAACAUGCGACCCUCAUGAUAGAAUUUGAUUUUAACAAAGUGCUAAGUAGAGCUUCGAGGCCCAAAUUUUCAGUAAUCCCUCAGGUGGUAAAACUGACUUCAAGUAAACUUGUGUAGAUAACAGCAAGUUCUUGCAGUCCUCUAAAAACCUGCUGUAUCCAGUCUGUAUUGUAGGGAUAACAUCACUGCUGGGUGAGGGCUUAUCAGCUGUGUCUAGGACUAAAAAGCCAAUUAUCCUGAAUAUUCAGAUGGCCACUCGCAUUUAAAGAAUGUAUUUUUUGUGUGAACUAUACCUUUAUCCGAGAGCACAAACUACUUCAGUGCGAAGAUUGUGUCGUCAUCCUCGUGUUCUCAGAUGACAACAGAUCUAAUUCUGGUUUCUGAAUGUGGAACUUUGCAAAAAUGUACCUUAAAAAAAACUUAACAUGCUUCUUGUGCUUUUAGCAUUCUGUGCUUUAUUAAAACUGAACUUUCAUGGUGAAUUCUCUUUCUGUAUGUCUAGACCUCAUUUGCUUUCAAUUAAUCAAUAAAAAAAAUCCUCACUCUUA